UGGUGACCAGCAGAGGCGUAUGACGUGUGAACCUGAACCGGCGUCUCUCAGCUCUCACUCACAGUCGAGCUGUCAUUUUGAUACGUGAAAAAUAUUUAGCUCUAUAUCUCGUGUUUCUUUAAAAAAUAUAAUUAAGAAAAAAAAAUUGUUAAGUAUAAAAAGUGUCGAGUUUAAAAAUGCCGUUAAAAAAGAUAGAACGAAACGUUCAUACAGAAUAUCGUACAUGGAAAUUAGAAAAUAUAAGUGAAACAUUCGCAAAAGUAGAUACGUGCAAGAUUGAUUCUUCAGUGGGUCCUGUCGAAGAGACUUACUUCUUUUCUACAAAUUUUCAAGAUCAUGAAAUUGACUGGUACGUCAAGUUGGAUUUUCGUUUUAAUGAAUUGCAUAGUGGAUUCCAGAUAUAUUUCGACGCUGUUGAAAAAUUAAAACCUAAGAAUCAUGUCACCUGUAAUUUUUACCUGGUCGACGCCGACGAAAAUAAGUUUUUCAUUGGACGUAAAAACCGGAAAUUUGAUUCGACUUAUUGUUAUGGACCUGCAGUUGGUUACAGCAUUAUUCAGAAUCAGGCCAAAUUACCAAACACUAAAGAUAAAUUAUUGCCCAAUGAUACCUUGACAUUGUUGAUCGAACUCAACAUUUACUUGGAUGAGAAUCCUAUAUUUCCUUUAGAAGAAUUAUUUUGUCAAAUUGAACAAGUUGUGAAUUUAGAUGACAUCUCGCAUUUGUAUCCACUUAAAGGUGACGGUGACAUUGAGAUUUAUGUGCAAGGUGUUAAAUUUUCAGUCCAUAAAACUGUUAUAGAAAUACGAUGUCCGACACUAUCUAAAAUUAUUGGUGAUCAUCAACAAAUGUCUGACAACAAUAAUAACCAAUUGGUUGUUACGGAUAUCAUGCCAGAAAUAUUUGAAAGAGUUUUAGAAUUUAUCUACACUGGGAAAGUCAAAGACUUGGAUGAUCAUGCAGAAUCUUUGCUAGAAGCUGCUUCGAAAUAUAAAUUAUUAGGACUAAAAUAUAUGUGUGAAUUAUCCCUCACCAACCACUAUCUUACUUACGAAAGCGCUGAAGAGGUUAAAAAAUUGGCUGUUCGUUGUGUUUCCCUUAUGUUAGUUAUAAACGCAGAUUCAAUAAUAAGUGAGUCGUGCACUUCACAAAUGGAUUUUUCUUGUACACGUGAUGGUACACUGAUUAUAACAAAACCCAGUGGUAAAAAAAAGGUGUAUAAAGACCGUUUUAAAAAACCUUUCCCGGAUGGAAUUAAGAUUUUACCAUACUAGAUUGUCUUUGCAUCACUAGAUGGCAAUUCAUUUAUUCAUCUCAGCAAGUGUAUAGCCGCAUGUACGACCUUUUACACUUUUUGCCUUUACAUCGUAACUGCUUCCUUUCUUUAUCUGCUUUUCAUUGUGCGGCUGUGGCCCGACUUGUGCUUAUACUGUACUGUACCAUUACGGUGAUACCCUAUCCUCCACCUUGGCUGUGGGGGUAUAGGGGCAAGGGAAACCACAGAGAAAACCAUUGCCAGUACCCUGAUAACCAGAGUUUCUCGUACAAAAGUUGGUAUUCAUUAGUUUGCGACCAACUUGACGACACCCCGUCGACACCUUUAGCAUUUGCAACUUUUGGCUACAAGUUACCACCACUUUCUGAGAAAGUUGACGUCAGUAUGGAGCCGCAACUGGAAUGCAGGUUUCUUGAGAAAAUGCGAGGCAAUUUACCGGCAACU